ACGAUGCCAUUGUCGAUGAUAUAUCAACGCUGGAUUUUCAUCACGAUAAUUUUCCUGAACUCUUGCCUAUCGUUGGCAAAUGCGUUCACCAAACCCGACGACAAUCCCGACAUCGCGCUCACGACGCCCGAACUGGUGACGAAAUAUGGAUAUUCUUUGGAGAUUCACGAAAUCCUUACAAAGGAUGGUUAUGUUCUGCAAUUGCAUCGAAUACCACGUGGCCGGGAUGAUAAACAGGAAGCAAGAUCCAAGAUAAGAACACCGAUACUUUUAGUGCACGGAUUAGCAGGUAGUUCCGCCGAUUGGGUCCUUAUGGGACCCGAAAAGUCCUUAGCAUAUAUAUUAGCCGAUGCAGGUUACGAUGUAUGGCUUGGAAAUAAUAGAGGAAAUAUUUAUUCGAGAAAUCAUAUCUCGUUGUCGCCGACAGAUCGAGCUUUCUGGAAUUUUAGUUAUCAUGAACUUGGCAUUUACGAUCUUCCUGCGAUGAUCGAUUACGUUUUAGAGAUGACGGGAUACGAGAAAAUUUUCUAUGUCGGUCAUUCGGAAGGUACCACGCAGUUUUGGGUAACAGCAUCAGAAAAACCCGAGUAUAAUUCGAAGAUCACUUUAAUGAUAGCCUUGGCACCCGCAGCUUUCAGUGGCAACCUUCGUGGACCGAUUACAAAACUCGCUAAAUUAUCUUAUCUUGGCGUGUGGAUCGGUGAAACUUUCGGUUAUCCAGAAUUCCGUUCCCGGUCCGCCUGGGGAAAAUUCGCGUCGAAUCUAUUCUGUCAAAGCAUGGCGUCCACACAAUUCAUCUGCAGUAAUAUUUUAUUUUUGGUCGUGGGAUUUAGCCGCGAGGAAUUAAAUACAGAAAAUCUGACAGUUAUCAUAGGUCAUGUGCCCGCUGGUGCUUCCUGGAAACAAUUCGUACAUUAUGGUCAAGGAUACAUUAAUGCAGGACGCUUUAGACAAUACGAUUAUGGUGAUAUCGACAAAAAUCUUCGAAUUUACAACUCAACGACACCGCCGGAUUAUCAAUUGGAAAAAAUCACAGCGCCAAUCGUUCUCUUCAGCAGCGAUAAUGAUUGGCUGGCAACUACAAAGGAUGUGGAACUCUUAUCUAGCAAACUCAAUAGCAUCGUGCUUCAUUACAAGAUUUCCAUGAAUAUCACCUUCAAUCAUUACGAUUUUAUGUGGGGAAAAUCCUCUCUGCAAAUAGUGUCGCAACCUAUUUUACAACUGUUAGACCAAUAUCAAUAGUGGUAUACUUCUUAAACUAAAAAAAAUGUUUCCUUAAUAAAAAAAGUUACAUAGAGACAAUAAAAUAAAUAUGUAAUGAAUCGAUCUAAUUUAUUGUUAUUAAUGUUAUUAUAUAGUAUACGUUGCGUUCGCAUAUAUAAUCUGUACUUGUCUAUAACUUUACUUCUCCGGACUUCAGAGCACUGUUG